CAGAGCGCCGCCAGCUCUCCGGCCGCGCUGCCGUGCUCGGCCCGGGCGGCCCGCAGCGCAGCCGAGGCCGGCAGCGGGCAGCCCCAUGCGGCACGGGCGGCCCUAGGCUGCGCGUCGGCCGCGGCACGAUGCGGCUCCCUCUGCGCCUGGCGUGGCUGCUCGGGCUCUGCAGCCUCUGCCGCGGGUACUUCGAGGGGCCGCUGUACCCCGAGAUGUCCAACGGGAGCCUGCACCACUACUUCGUCCCCGAUGGGGACUACGAGGAGAACGACGACCCCGAGCGGUGCCAGCUGCUGUUCCGGGUGAGCGAGCAGCGGCGGUGCGGCGCGGCGGCGGCGGGCGGCGGGCUCAGCCUGCGCGAAGAGCUGACGGUGCUGGGGCGGCAGGUGGAGGACGCGGGCCGGGUGCUGGAGGGCAUCGGCAGGAGCAUCUCCUACGACCUGGACGGGGAGGAGAGCUACGGUGCCUACCUGCGCCGCGAGUCCGCCCAGAUCAGCGACGCCUACUCCAGCUCGGACCGCUCGCUGAGCGAGCUGGAGGGCAAAUUCCGGCAGGGCCAGGAGCAGGGCGGCCGGGAGGAGUCCCGCCUGGGCGACAGCUUCCUGGGGCUGCUGCUGCACGCCCGCGCCCUGCUCCGAGAGACCCGCCACGUCUCCAGCGGGCUGCGCGACAAGUACGACCUGCUGGCGCUGACGGUGCGCAGCCACGGCGCCCGCCUCAGCCGCCUCAAGAACGACUAUCUCCGCGCCUGAGCCGCCGCGGCCGGGCCCGACCCGCGGCGGCCUCGGCAGACACCCCCAGCCCCGCCGCCGGGCCCCCGCACGCACGGCCCUGGCGUCCGCCUGGAAGGAGCACCUCCUUGGACAAAGCCUGCAGUUAGGAAGCUCGGAAAAGGCAUCCGAGAUCGUCAAGUCCAGCCUUUGACUGAAUACCACCACGCCCACUAAACCAUGCUGAGAAGUGCCACAUUUGCUCAUUUUUUUUUGGACGCUUCCAGGGAUAGUAACUCAACCAAAAUACGUUCUUCUUCGUGGAAAAAAACCUUAUUUAUUUUACCUUUUAAACAAAUAGCCCAAUUCUAUAAACCAGGAGGUUCGAGAGAUGGAUGGCACACCAGAAGAGUGAGCUGAGUCACGGAUUCUUGUGUGCUCACUGUCUUGGCAAAACAUAAUAGCGUUUCUGGGCUGGACCAAGCUCCAGAAGUGCCUGACUGGUGUCUCCCCCGAAGAUGUCAUGCAGUUCCAUUAGUGCCUAGAGGCUUCUUAAAGGAAGUUUAAGUCUGUGUUUUACCCACUUUGAGUCAUUUGUUGUAACAUGAAGUAAAUAAACAUCAGUGUUUGUUAUAGCAUCAGACUAUUUGUUAUAACAUCAGUAAAUAAACAGAAAUGGCAUGACCGUGCUGUUUUUUAUGUAUAUGAGAGCAGUAUUCAAAUCCUAAUAGAAAAGCAGUAGUAGCAUAAGAGACAGCUUCUUGAAUAUCCUUGAAGCAGCUUGACUAUUCUAUGUGCAGUAGCAAAUGUUUGGUCAAGCUGAAACUAUUGCAAUGCAUGCAGCAUACCAAAAGAGUAAAUGUUUGCAGAAUGCUUACUUUUCCAAGCAGGAGAUGUGUGGGUAUUUAUAGUAUAACUCAUUCCACUCAGUGCCCUGUAAUUUGUCAUCUAAUGAAACAAGUCCACACUAAUGUUUCAUAUCAUAUAUGAACUCUUGACACUUUUUAUGUUUCAGUAAAAUAGAAACAUUUUUCUAUUUUAAAUAUGGCAGAAUUCUGAUUUUGUUUCAGUAGCGUUGAUUUUGGAAGGUUUUAAAUGGUCCUUUCUAAGAGAAAAUGAAGAUAUCUGAGUCUGGUCUAUGUAUGAGUUCAUGCAUUUAAUACAAAUGUUCAAUCUUAUGCAGAUUUGAUGAAGCCAAUACAAAAAUCUUUUAGGACAUUUAAAUCUACUAGAGUUUGUUUUACAUAAUUUUGGCUGACCUAAGCAAAUGUAUAUGUUAAAUAUAUAAUUUUUGAGUCAGAGCUGAUACAUUAAAUGGUUUUUGUAGAGCUGUCUGCAAGAACUGAGUGCUUAGUGAUAUUCAGCAGUUUAAAGUUUUAAAUUCAAUUUUUUUCUUUAAAAACUAUUAAAACUAUAUUGCAAUACUCUGUGCAAUCUUAUAAAUGUCUUUCUUUUGCUUUUUAUUUGAUAAAACUUACUUGUUUGGGAGGUAUGAAGAUCCCCUGGUUCUGGAUCUUCAUACAGCCUAUUUUAAAUAGUAAAGGUCCUUUUAUCAUUGAAAAUUUGGUAGUUACUUUUAAGCAGAGAGCUUUAAAAGGAUGAUUGUAGCAGUAGUCAUCCCCAUUAUGUCCUUCUCUUAUAUUAAAAUACUAUAUUGGUACUAGAUUCUUUUUUCUUUUUCAGAAUGCAGAAGGUCGAGCUAAAAUUGAGCUGACAGUGGGGUUCUUUUGUAGUUUUCUGAUGAUUUUCAAAACAUGGAUUAUUUCUGAAUUUAUUAAAGAGUUUAUCAUGCUGAAGAGCAAAAGACUAUUUUCUGGGGGGGAAAAAAAAGGUGCUGCAGCUGGAAAAGUCAUAGAGAACUCACUUAAGUUUUUCAUCAAGGGGAACAGGCUGCCCAGAGAAGGUGUGGAUGCUCCAUCCUUGAAAGUUUUCAAAGCCAGGCUAGAUGGAGCCCCGAGCAACCUGGUCUAGUGGAGGGUGUCUCUCCCCGUGGCAGGUGGAUUGGAAUGAGAUGAUUUUUAAGGUCCCUUCCAGCUCAAAGCGUUCUAGGAUUGAAGUCAAAGCAAGGCACUAAGGGACUCCCCUGCACUUCUCCCCAGGUAGCUCACUUUUGAAGGCAGUGCUCUGGUGUGGACAUUCUCACAUCCACUGGUACACACAGAACGGAAGAAGCUCAGAGCAUGCACAAAACCAUUAAUAAAAGCUCGAGAAAGAAAAGUGUACUUGUCUUGUGCUGAGUUAAUGGGUAGGAAUUCAGAGGAGAGUGUGCAAACUGGAUUUCAAAACUGCAAUUUUCAGUUUCACAGGUUGACUUACCCAGGACCAUCAUCACAAAGGGAAGUCGAGCGAAGUUUUCAAAACCUUGGUGAGCCUUUAAAAAACCUUAUGUGUGCCAAGCUGGGGUGUAUGAAUUGUCUGAAGCUAAAUUGUUGUUCCUCUAGGUUGUCAUGUACUCAGAUGCAGUUUAGCAAGACGUAAACCUCAUAAGCAAAAAAUAUACCUGGCUAGGUCUCUAGAAACAACCUUGUGAGCUACAGAGCUCUGGUUAUAAUCUUGUCUAGGAAAUGUGUAUUUUGUGGGGAAAUUCUGUUGGAUGUGUCUAUUACUGUUGGUGUGGCUGCUUGUUUAGAUGGUCUUCAUGUUUCUUUACCAGUUUCUUGCUCAUGCUUCUUGAAUGUCAAUUUUGUGACUAUUAAAGAAAUUUUCAGCUAACA